CACUCCAACCUUGAGAUGAUGUCACGCAAGAAGGCCAUCCUCCUCCUCCUCCUGGCGUUCAGCACAGGCACUUUGCUCCUGCACCAAAGUGCCCACCUUGGCUGGUUCCCAAAGUCGGCGUCCUUCAGCUGCGCGCCUCCGCCGCCCCCCCGCCCCAAGCACACCGCCGUGGCCUUCCUGAAGACCCACAAGACGGCCAGCACCACCGUGCAGAACCUGCUCUUCCGCUUCGCCGAGCGCCACAACCUGACGGUGGCGCUGCCUCACCACACCUGCGACCACCAGUUCUGCUACCCGCGCAACUUCUCGGCCCGCUUCGUGCACCCUUACACGCUGCCGCCGCGGCUCAUCGCCAGCCACCUGCGCUUCAACCGCGAGGAGCUGCACCGCCUCAUGCCCAACGACACCAUCUACGUCACCAUCCUGCGCGAGCCGGUGGCCAUGUUCGAGUCUCUCUUCAGCUACUACAACCAGUACUGCCCGGCCUACAAGAGGGUGCCCAACGGCUCCAUGGAGACCUUCCUCGACGACCCUCGACGCUACUACCGCCCCCACGAGAAAUACGCCAUGUACGCACACAACACGCUGGUAUACGACCUGGGGGGGGACCCCGACCACAGCCCCGAAGACCCCACCUACUUGCCGGAGUUCAUCCGCCAAGUCGAAGGCAUCUUCUCGUUGGUGAUGCUGGCCGAGUACUUCGACGAGUCCCUGGUCCUCCUGCGCCGCCUCCUGGCCUGGGACCUGGAGGAUAUCCUCUAUGUCAAGCUGAACAUGCGCAGCCCCGAGUCCAAGCUCAACAUCACCUCGGCCCGCGUGGCGGCCCAGGUCCAUGCCUGGAACACCCUCGACGCCCGCCUCUACGACCACUUCAACGCCACCUUCUGGCGGAAGCUGAGGCGCAUGGGCCAGGACUGUGUCCAGAAGGAGGUGCGGGCGCUCCGCCGGGCCUGUGAACACCUGGCGCGCCGCUGCUUCGGGGGCCAGCCCCAGCUGCGCCCGGCCAUGCAGAUCAAGAACAAGGAGCUGCGGCCCUGGCAGCCCAGCGCCAAGGUGGGCAUCGUGGGAUACGACCUGCCGGGCUCGGGCGCCCCCUUGGACGAACAGUGCCUCAAGCUGGCCAUGCCCGAGGUGCAGUACUCCCGAUACCUGCUGCGGAAGCAGAGCCUGAGGAACCGGAGGAGGGCGGCCCUCCACCGGCCGCUGCCGCCUCGGGGGCUCCUGCGGCCACCCCGGCACCCUGUCCCCAAGGCGGCAUGAGCUCCCCACCACUGCGGCAGCUGGAAAGGCCCAGGGGGUGGAGGCCCUGUUGGCAAGAGCCCCGGAGAGAAGCUUCCCACUGUCGCCCUGGCAACACCUCAGCAUCCUGUGAUGGGCCCUUGCAAUACUAGAUUAGGCCUAGGCCUCAGCCUUCUUCGGAGCCAGGGUGGAGGGGGGCUGGUGAGCGCAUAGUCUGAUUUGGCGAUGACCCCCUCCUCAGUUUUUCUUUUCUGGGACUUAGGGCUGUUCUUAGUCCUAUUAAAACUCAGGGCCUUGGGAUCUGGGUGAGCGGGACUUUCCUCCAGGCGCCCUGAGGCCGUGUGCGUGAGCCAAGUGGAUUCCCGUCGCUUGGCAACCAGACUGAUUUUUGUUUCUUAAACCCAACUGGGAGCCCUGUUCUGGCCUCAUUUCUCCCUCACUCCAGAGGAAAUGCUACAACUGGACCUCGGGGGAAGCUGAGCACAUCCGGGCCCCAUCCCUUGCUGUUAGAAAGCCGUGAGGGUGGUCUCCCUCCCCAGUUCUGACAACCAUUUUCUUCAUCCUCCCCACUUUGUACACCCGAGUGCUGGAUUCGACCACUUCUGGUUCUGCUCUCCCAAAUCCAUAGUGCAUGCCUGCACCCCGCUUUCACAUCCAUCCAUGUGGAACUCCAACAUGACACCUUCUACCUCCCCUGCCCAAAAUUAAUUUUAUACCUUUAUCAGUCUCUCUCUACCCCACCCCACCCCUUUUCCUGGGGCUUGCCAGGAUUCAUCUCCAGUAACUUGUUUUAUUUUAUUUUAUUUUAUUUUUAAUGUCCUAGACCUUGUGACAUUGUAAUACAGAAGAUCUCGCUGUGUUUUUCUUGAAGGAGGAGCUGGAGGCCAAUAAAACAAACAAACAAAA